AUGGUAAUUUUCUGCGACACUAGUUAUCUUGCAAGAAUAUGUUAUAUUCCAUUUGUUUUAACUUGGAUGAUUAUUCGAAUAUGGCAAACAAGUCGCUUGGAUUCAUUUUCUUUACCACAUUUAGUUCGACUUGAACCUCGUUCCCUAUUCACCUAUACAUUCUUACUUGCUUUACUUGUUCAGCUUGCACACGAUGUCAUAAUUUAUUAUCUUCAAAUUAAUGAAGGAUUCUUUACCCCCAAACAAAUGAUAGUAGAAAUACCACAAUCAACCAAAAUCCUGCAGCUGAACAAGUUGGCAAAUUAUUUGGACUCUAUAUCGAUAAGUUUCACCAUAGCGAGCCUUCUUUCUUUACAGGCUUUCUGGAGUUAUGUCAUGGAACAAAUUUCCAGGAAAAACUAUAUUAGCAUAUGGGAGUAUUGGAUAUAUUUGGUAUUAGGCAUCUUAUUACUUCCGGUGUUUCCCAUCCUCGCUUACGUUUUCGAUGCAUUGGUUGACAAUCCAAAACUUAAAGAGAAUAUUCCUCGCCUUUCGGUUAGCGUUAUAGCGUUAAUAAUAUGUUUUGUUGGUGGAUUACGCGUGAAUUUUGAGGUUAAUAAAUUGUUGAAUUUAAAUACUCGACAUACAAUACAUAAUCAAGAAAAAUUAAAAUACUUUGGAGAUUUAAAUAUAUGGUUUAGUUUUGCGCUUUUCAUUUGGUCAGCAAGUUAUAUAAUAUUAAGUUUCGAUGGGUUGAUAUCCUUAAACCUAACGCGUUUUAUAAGUGACCUCUUGACCGCUCAUGUGAAUUUUGGUGGAUUCAUAUUAUAUAUUUGCAUUAUAUUAAUCGUUAAUCCGGAUUUUACAAUCAAGCAAAGGCAAAGAGCGAUUUCCACGCCAUUUGACGUAUCAAAACCAAAUAAUGGUGUCGACAUUGCUGAAAUAUUAGCAAAAAAAGGACCAAGUGGAGUUGAAGAUUUAUUUAUGAAUCAAAUUGUAGUUGAAACGAGACAAGACGUCAAAGUUGAACGAGCAUAUAUAAAUCCACAUAGAUCAUUGUCUACAAUUCCGCCUGCAACUCCGACUUCAUCCAAUCAUUUGUCGAUGGACUCAUUAGCUCCUAUGCCAUCACCAUCUUCAACGUUUGCUGAAAAUUCCAAAAAUAAUAAAGAGUUUAGAUCUUCACCAUUACAACAAGAUGAACAUUCUACAUUAACGGAACAUGGUGGUGAAAUUGGUGUUGUUCAAGUUGUUUCUGAUGAUGAAUCUUGGCAACAAGAAGAAACUGAAUGA